AGGACGCGGGUGUUAAAUGUCUCUCUUCCAUCCACUGGCAGGGAAAGAAGUCUCAUUUGCAUCGGUUUUAAGAUGACAGGCACGAAGUAAGAAGACCUUAAAUGAAGCACAUGGGCUGUUGUAACUCGGAUGGGCUGCUGUUUAAGGUGAUUUUUAAGUCAUGAGGAGACCGAUGUGCUCUGAGGGCUUACCUCCAGAACAAAGUUCAGCCCGGAAACACAGUGCAGACCACGGAUCAACGAAAGAACAAUGUGAGGAGAGACACGCAAUUUUUCGACAAAGAUCUUCUUACCUAAGGAGGACCAAUGCUGACAGAAAAAUUACCCAGAGCCAGAUGCUCGCUAAGAGUCGUCGCUUGGCUAUGCGCCGUCCAGCAUAUAUGUUUAGCGCUCACAGCAACAGCCUGUCACUUGCUGAAGAGCUAUUCCUUGAGGCAGCUGAAUACGGAAACAUCCCUGUUGUCCGAAAAAUGCUGGAGGAACUGCCUGAACUUAAUAUCAACUGUGUGGACUAUAUGGGGCAGAACGCAUUACAGCUAGCGGUGGCCAAUGAGCACUUGGAGGUGACGGAGCUGCUGCUGAAGAAAGACAACCUGGCCAGGAUUGGUGAUGCUCUGCUUCUAGCCAUCAGCAAAGGCUACAUCCGAAUAGUGGAGGCCAUAUUGGCUCACCAGGCCUUUGCUGACACAUCAAAGCUAACCAACAGCACCCUGCAGGCUGAAAUAAAUGAUGACUUCUUUGCCUACGAUGAUGACGGCAUGCGUUUUUCACAAGACAUUACACCCAUUAUCUUGGCCUCUCACUGCCAUGAGUAUGAAAUUGUACACAUCCUGUUACUGAAGGGAGCUCGCAUUGAGCGGCCACACGACUACUUCUGUAAAUGUAACACCUGCGUCUACCACCAGAGGCACGAUUCCUUCAGUCACUCUCGUUCCCGUAUCAAUGCCUACAAGGGGCUGGCCAGCCCGGCCUACCUCUCUCUCUCCAGUGAAGACCCUGUGCUGACUGCGCUGGAGCUAAGCAAUGAGCUGGCUGUGCUGGCCAACAUAGAGAAAGAGUUCAAGAACGAUUAUAAGAAGCUGUCUAUGCAAUGCAAAGACUUCGUGGUUGGACUUUUGGACUUGUGCCGGAACACAGAAGAGGUGGAAGCCAUAUUGAAUGGAGACACAGAGUUAAACGGCCACGACAAAACGGGCAGACCGAGUCUCAUUCGUCUAAAACUGGCCAUCAAAUAUGAGCUUAAAAAGUUUGUAGCUCAUCCAAACUGUCAGCAGCAGCUCCUCUCCAUUUGGUAUGAAAAUCUGUCUGGGCUCCGGCAGCAGACUACGGCUGUGAAGUUGCUAGUGGUGUUCGGCGUGGCCGUUGGACUGCCAAUCUUGGCUCUGCUAUACUGGAUAGCACCAUCAAGCAAGUUAGGGAAGAUCAUCCGUGGUCCUUUCCUCAAGUUUGUGGCCCAUGCAGCUUCAUUCACCAUCUUCCUUGGUCUCCUGAUUAUGAAUGCAGCAGAUCGGUUUGAGGGAACGACUCUCCUUCCAAACAUGACCAUCCAUGACCAUCCUACACAGCUGUUCCGCAUGAAAACCACCCCUUUCACCUGGAUGGAGAUGCUGAUCAUCUCCUGGGUCAUAGGAAUGAUUUGGGCCGAAUGCAAGGAGAUCUGGUCUCAAGGCCCUCGGGAGUAUCUGUUGGAACCCUGGAACCUGUUGGACUUUGGGAUGCUGGCCAUCUUUGUAUCAUCAUUCAUUGCAAGAUUCAUGGCUUUCUGGCACGCGUACACUGCACAGAGUUAUGUUGAUGAGCACUACACGGACCUCUCUAACAUAACAUUGCCCUACGAGGUUGAGUAUUAUCGCUUAGCACGCAUCUAUUGGGUGCCCUCUGACCCCCAGCUGAUCUCAGAGGGUCUGUAUGCGAUUGCUGUAGUGCUGAGCUUCUCGCGGAUUGCCUACAUCCUGCCAGCCAAUGAGAGCUUUGGCCCCCUGCAGAUCUCCCUGGGCAGAACUGUCAAAGACAUCUUUAAGUUCAUGGUGAUCUUCAUAAUGGUGUUUGUGGCCUUUAUGUUUGGCAUGUUUAACCUCUACUCCUACUACCUCGGAGCAAAGCAAAACAAUGCCUUCACAACUGUCGAAGAGAGCUUUAAAACGUUGUUCUGGGCUAUUUUUGGACUUUCCGAGGUCAAAUCAGUUGUCAUUAAUAAUGGACAUAAAUUCAUCGAAAAUAUUGGCUAUGUCCUUUAUGGAGUUUACAAUGUUAUCAUGGUUAUCGUCCUCCUCAACAUGCUCAUCGCUAUGAUCAACAGCUCGUUUCAGGAAAUUGAGGAUGAUGCAGAUGUGGAGUGGAAGUUUGCCCGGGCUAAGCUGUGGUUCUCCUACUUUGAGGAAGGUGGAACUUUGCCUGUACCUUUUAACUUAAUUCCCAGCCCCAAGUCUGUGCUCAGCCUGACUCAGAAAAUCAAGCAGCUCUUGUUAACACCUCUGCACAGACACAAGGACAGCCUGAAGGAGGACACAGAGCUCAAUGAACUGGGUGAACAAAAAGAAUCAAAUUAUGCAGGAUCACCUCGAUCAAGUCGUUAUCGGAGGAUCAUGAAACGAUUAAUCAAAAGAUAUAUCAUAAAAGCGCAGAUGGACAAAGAGAGUGAUGAGGUAAAUGAAGGGGAGCUAAAGGAGAUAAAGCAGGACAUCUCAAGUUUGCGCUACGAGCUCUUGGAGAAGUCUAAUGAGACAGAAGAAUUGGCAGAGAUGAUCAGGACAUUGGCAGAAACAUUGAGCAGGCAGCACAGUAACUAGUCAGUGAUACAGUGACAGAGCUUCUGUGUCUGAAACACCACGAAUGGAUGGUUGGUUUUAAAGGACUGCUUCAACAGCGACCUUUGAAGAGCAGUUGUUAUAUAGACUGGUGCAAGUUGGUAACUGGAUGGUAUAUACUGCUUUUGAAAAGGAUCAGACUUAGUAAAGCUGUGUAUGGUGCAGGGAAUAAUUUCUGCAAACUCAACUACUCAAAUAAAUGACUUUUUUUUAAAUCAAGAUGUUCGCAUUGCUGUUGAUUAAAACUGCAUGCGAUUCUGAGAUUCUUAAUCUUA